UUCGAGUGCAUACGCCAUGUGAGAGCGGGAGAACGGAAAGCCAUGCUCACCAUGCAUUGGUCCUGAUCCUUGGGAGACACUACUCGGUUUUGACAACCCUUUCAGCCUCCUCGUAGCGCUUCUGGCAGCAAAGCGACUGGACAUGCCCUCGCUGGCCCAUGUCGGGUCGGGAAAGCGCACCGAUACACAUCCUCGCCAUCACAGCAAGAAAGCCAUCAUGUCAAUGCCCUCGCCCUAUUGCCAUACGUCUGGGCAGGGAUCUAUGCCUUGUCACUUUGUUGACGUCGUUGGUUGCUACACAAGAUCUACAUCCUUGUACAGGUACCUGAAGAGAACCUACCCAGUCACGACCUACACCCAAUCCGGAUCCCUUAUUGGCUCUCUGUACUGGAGCAAGGGUGUACAAGUACCGCUACUUGUUCGCUGUUCACGUGUCGGCUCCUUUCGGCCCCUCCCAGAAUACGUCUACCUCAACCACCCCGGGCCCUUCCCGAAGCCCCGAGCUUGUCCAGUAUCUUCUGCCAGACAAGUGGUUCAAUCAUCACGACCCAGCUUCCUCACCGCCCCAUGCACCCCAUAUGCUAGUACCUCUGCGGCACGGCGGCGAGGGGAAUCAACCCGUAGCAGAAAUCUCAGAAAAGCGAGCGAGAAUUGUUAUUGGCGAGGAAUUCAUUCCAAAUCAUGUCCAAUACCGGGUACAUCCGUCAUGCCGCCUUGACGUGGGGCAGUCUGAACCACUCCGACUCUUGCUCUGGGAAAGCGAUACACCUUGAGAAAAAGUCAACACUCUCAAGGUACCCAGAAAGUCUAGACUGGUUUGACCGGCAGUACGGGCUACAA